UAAAUUAGAUGAAAGUUUUUUAAAAUUAAAAUGCAGGAAACCAAAUUAUAUAAAUUUCUUAAGAGUCUUACCGAAAAAGCGGAGAAAGCCGAGGACCGACGUCGUUUCGUUUUUCGAACUUUUCUGCUGUUCAUCGCAUUUCUGCUGCUUGCCGUACUCCAAUGGAUAGCGAUUACGGCCCUGGCUGGAAACAAAAUUACUGACCUGGUGUAUAGCCAUGAGUCGGCACUGUUGAUUGUGUUCUUCAUGAGCAUCAUGUUCUUCCUGGUGUUCGCCGUCAGCUCCCAAAUACGGAAAAUGGCUUGCAUGAACUGGGUCCUUACUCUACUUGUCAUCGAGGGCCAGAUCUUGGCCAUCGGGCUCCUGGUGGUUAAGACAAAUAUGCUGCGACUGCUGAUUGGCUUUCUAGUUGCCUUGAUAUUAAUAGUUAUGUCUUCGUUAAUGGCUAUAUUUAUACCGUUUGACCUCACGAAAUAUGCAACAAUGUUGUUCUUGGUGGACUUCUUUUUGCUUGUGUUCUGUAUUUAUACUAUCACCUACUUGUUAAUCCUACAUCUGAGUUGGCCCUUUUUCCUGUACGCUUUUAUCAUCGUGAUGCUGGUGUUACCCAUUGUGAUGUAUCAUGUGCAAUCGGUUAUGGGUAAUGGCCAAGAGCGGACCGGGCUGAAAGAUGACAAGUUAUCCGCGCUGCUAUUGUUUCACGAUUUUCUGGCCCUGUACAUGCUAACAUUUUACUGGCGACCCACUAAAUAAAAGCCAUGUUUCAGAGAUGCCCUUGCGCUGGGCAGAAGCUCGUCUCUAUUCAAGCUCUUUCUGUCUCAGACAAACAUCCAUGCGGUUUCUGGAAAAAGCCGGCAACGUCCUCUGUAGGCAGCCUGUCGGUCCCAGUUGAUGAAGCAUUAUGUGAUCACGACACAGAAUCAGUCCAUCACCGUCGCAGUCCCUGGCGUAUGAUGUUAUGAAGCUGCGCACAGUUUCUGUGGCACACUCUGGAUUUGAUACGCAACUCUCGUAAUCUGGAAUGAUGUUUUGUAGGGCUUAGUCGAUGGUCAAAGGAAGCCAGCUGGCAGCUCGCAUUACCCUGUGCUGCAAUGAACUGACCGAGCCGUAUCGCAUCCUGCCAAUACGGCCGGGAGAUACGAUAGAUGCUACAUGGGCUUGGCCCGCACAUUGCUGGCUUAUGGUCCGUGGCCGUUGCUGCAAUGCACUCCAAACAGUCAUCGCUGAGGAGCGGUGAGCCAAGUGCAGCUGUAAUGAACGCACAGAUGAGUAUCGAUAAAUUGGACGAAAUCCUGGCUUACAGUGCCAAACGUCCCUCAUUUUGAAGACAACAAAUUUCGGUUUUUAUAAGUGUUUAAACAUUUUUGUUAUCUCCUUUACUAUGUUGCAAUAUAUAUGUAUCUAUACAUGUAUGUAGAUGUUUACAUUUGGUUAGCAUAAA